AACCACAACUACAACAACAACAACACAAGGUGAUCCUGGAGAUAUAAGUAUAGAAUUUAUAUCUGGAGAUAUGAAUGGUAUAAAUCAAUAUGUAGGAUAUCCGUCCUUUGUGGUUCUAGAGAAUUCGGUGCCUAUGCCUAUUUCCCAAGUGAGAGCCGAAUGUAAUAACGCGAGCUAUAAUUCUUUCAUAAAAUACAGUGUAGAAGGUUCAAAGACUUUCUUUGCUGAUGAAGACACUGGUGAAAUUUAUGCAGUAAACCCGGCUGGUGGAAGUAGGAUGGAUAGUAUUUGCUCCGAGUCUGAAAUGAACUGCAGGGUUGUGGUUAAAGCAACGCUCAACUCUGUAUCAAAAAUUAUCACUGUUUAUGUUACCAGUGUGAGUGUAGAGUAUAUCCUUGUUGUCAAAUCUGACGAAAAUCCUGAAACUGUUCUGAAAAAUUUGAAUAUUAUCCAGGAGGAUAUUUGGUUCAGAUUAAUGAAUCUUCAGCUUGAGAACAAGUCGGAAAGACAGGAUGGAUUUAGAAACAGAAUGUUUCUAACGGCUCACAAGAUGUUAGACACUAGUUCAGGGUUUCUUACAUAUAGUGAAGCUGCUAUCAUUGCAAGAAAUGUUAGUGGUGUUACCAUAGAAAUAUCAGAGGGCUCUGAUGACAUAUUCAUACAUGAUACAGUUGACGAAGAAGAAGAUAGUAACACAGCUGUUCUGGUUAUUGCUCUUCUUUUAACCUUCCUUCUCCUAGGGAUACUCAUAUACAUUCUUAUCAUUAACAGAAGGCCUAUACAGAAAAUUAUAAGGAAGAAAAUGAAAUCAAGAAACGAAAACGCACCAAAGAUUGACAGACUUGAAGAUGUUCAAGAACCAACUCUAAACAGAAACCCAAUGACUUCCCAGGUAGCUAUAGGAUCUAAGGAUAUUUAUGGAGUUCCUGCUGUCGGGGGAGCAACACAGCAUGGUCUCAACAGGGAGAUAUCUUAUGAAUUAGAGAGAAGGCUUGAUGUUAAGGUGGGACAUAAUGCGGAUGUUUUUAAAUCUAAACCGGAUUCUGCGCUGCCGACUCAAGGAAAACCGGUUUCUAAACCAUCACCACCAGUACAGGGAAAACCGGUUCCUGAACCACCAAGAAAGGCAGUUACCGCGCCUGCACCACCCAAAAAACCAGUUCCUUCUGUUCCUGAACCAACAUAUACCCUGGAUGGAGUGAGAUUUAAUGAAAAGGCUGAAGUGGUAGAAGUAGCUCUUAACAAAAGAAAAGAUUCAUCCAGUUCUGGAACCUCGGAUAGCUCCAGCUCCUCCACAUCCUCCUCCGAUGGUUCAGAUGAGUCCUCCAGUUCAGAUGAAGCAGUUACAGCUAUUUAGAGUUUUAAAACAUAUCAUUAGAUAAUAUUAUGGGGUACUAGCUUAAGUGCCAUUCGUUGCCCGUGAUAUUUAAAAAAACACUUCAGAUAUAAAAUCAAACAAAAAAAAUUAAAUCAAAAUAAAAUAAAAAUUAUAAUUUUUCUUUAGCCAUGUUACCCACAGGAUACCCAUGGGUUUACUAAAAAAUAUAUAGAAAUAUGGGCGAAUAACUUUUUGAUAUUUAGGAAGAUACAAUGUUAGGUGUAUGCUCUUUUAAUAAUAAUAGAAUAUAUUUUAGAAAAAAAUGAAA